AGUCAAAAAUACCUGGCAACUGUAUAAAGAACCUGAUUUCUUCAUCUUCCUCCCUCUUUCUGUAGAUUUAAUGAAUGAUUUUCCUCCCUUUCCUUUUCUCUUCCCUAGACUAAACCCAUCCGAUCUCCUAGCUAGGAUCACUUCCAUCCCCACCCUCCCUUGUGUUGAGAAAUUGCAGUGAGCUGAGUCGCUCUGCAUAUUAAUGAGUUCGCAGGAAGGGCAGCAGGAGCUGUUUUAAAAGAGGACAAGAGGAGCAAAGAGGCACAGGCAGCUCAGACAGAGAGCUGAAACUGACAAGGCAGCAGCAGCAAGAGAAAGGAAUCCGGAGGUCUCCAAAUUCCUUCCCUGACAACAUCAAACCAGUGAAUCUGCUCGAAGACCAGAAGCAAGAAGAGCAGUCCGAUUAUAUAAGUGAGCAUCUGACCCAUCUAUUUAGGUCCCUGAGGUCUUACCAUGAAGCCCCUGACAGCAGCUUUACUUCUGCUGUUCAUUGUAAUGUGCUUAGCCGCUGCAGAAGGAUCAAAGUGCAAAUGCUCAAGAAAGGGUCCUAAGAUAAGAUUCUCUGCUGUUCAGAAGCUGGAAAUCAAACCAAAGUAUCCACAUUGUAAGGAAAAAAUGAUCAUUGUAACUAUGCAGUCACGGUUCAGAGGAGGACAGCAGUACUGCUUGCAUCCCAAACUCCAAAGCACAAAGAGAUUAGUUAAGUGGUACACAAUAUGGAAGGAGAAACGCAGGGUUUAUGAAGAAUAAGAGGAAAACUCUUGGUAAAAGAAAUGGAAUUUGUUUAGCUGACUUAAGGAAUGGACUCUGCAAAGAAUAUUUCUCUCUCACAGACAUAAGACACAAAUUCUAUAUUAUUAUAAAGCACUUUUUACCAAGGGUCAGUUUUUACAUUUUAUAGCUGUGUGCGGAAGGGUCCCAGAUUUGUCUGUUGGACACUUCAAAUUUCAUACCUGUCUGCUUUAUACUGAGAUUGUGAAAACUCAUGCUUUUCAUUUUAAAUAAAUGCUUUUUUUGUAUUCAUUCAUACAUCACUAUGAUUACAAUCGAGCUUUAUAAGCUCAUUAGACAAACAAUAUUUGUAGCGGUAUUAUAUAAUAGUGUCUCUUAUCCUUUUGUACUGGGAAAGCUUCAGUGGUGUGUUUAGGGUUAUCCAACUAUGAUGGAAGCAGCACAAUGUAGGGACUGAGGAACAGCUUGCUGUGUAACAUGUCACGGAAGUGUAGUGGCAUUUAUAGCUGCGGAGAUGAGGUUCCUUAGUGGCUUGUCAAUUGCCUACCAACAUCACUUUGUAUCUGUUCUUUAAUGAAAGAGGGUCUUGCUGAAAGGUGAAAUGUAUUACAUACCCCCACUUAAUGUUUUACAUACACUAGAAAACAUUUCUAGAGCAGUUUUAUUACUAAGAAUGUGUUUGAUCUAUUUUCACCUGAGGUUCUUGUGAAAAGUUUGCAGCUUCAUCAGUUUUCAGAUAUUUUAAUUUUCAAGAAUACUGUGUAUGAUUGUGUAGAUUUGUAGCAAAAAGUCUUUGAAAAGUACCUUUUUAUGAAAAAUCAGAGAGGGCAAACAUAUUAAAUAAAUAUAUAUGUUUUAGUCACAAAGCAACAUAUUCAUUAUUUUGAAUGUAAUACUUAAAUAUUAAGCAGUGCAUUCCUCUUUUUAAAAAUAAAAUAACAAAACUACCUUUUCAUGUGUAAAUAUACUACAGGGAGUCUCCCUAUAUUAUCUUUCUGUAUAAUGUACUGUACUGCUAAAUUAUCAUAUGCUAUUUAAAUGUUUGAAAUAUUUAGAAAGUUGCAUGCAGAUUUCAUAUUUCUUUCUAAAAACACAUGGAAAAAUAAGUAAUAAAAUAUAUUUUAAAAUGCCAAA